AUGGAUACUCCGAAAAAAGUCCACACUGUCAUCCUUGAUGCAGGACCGAUCAUCAAAAAUGAGCCUGCCGUGUCGACGCUUCUCGCCCAAUCUGAACAACUUGUCACUGUCCCCUCGAUCAUUUCCGAAAUUCGAGACCAGGCAGCACGGACAAGAAUCGAGACUACGCUCCUUCCAUUUCUAACUCUCCGGCAUCCGAAGCCCGAAAGCAUCAAGUUCAUUCAAGAUUUCUCACGUCGAACCGGUGAUCUGGCUGUUCUGAGCAAACCUGAUAUCUACAUCCUCGCAUUGGCCUAUGAAAUUGAGUGCGAGCGAAAUGAAGGCGAUUGGCGGCUAAGAAGGGUUCCUGGCCAGAAGCGUGUGAACGGAUCCCCUCCGGUGAAGAAGACGGAAGGCGAACAACCCGCUGCUGAAGGAGAUCAGAAGGCCGAGGCAUCCGAACAGGCUUGCACUGCUUCAGAGAGCGCUUCUGCACAGCAGGAACCCCAAAAUGACGAGACGAAAGAAAAGCCGGAAUCGGAACAGACACCCUCGAAUUUGGCCGCGGAUACCAAAACUGCCACCACGGAACAAAUUACUCAAGGAUUAAGCGACACCCAUAUUUCGUCCGAAGCCCAGAACGAGCCCAAGUCUAUUCCUGAAAAGCCUGCUGAGGAAAAAUCUGCUGCCAAGCAGGAGGUAGAGGCGGACUCUGGAUCCGAAUCUGAUGGAGGUUGGAUCACACCUUCGAAUAUCAAGAAGCGGCAGGCUAAGGAUGCCGAGACCGCCGUUGCAUCUGGCCCCGAGCCCAAGACGAUGCAAGUGGCAACCAUCACGUCCGAUUUUGCUAUGCAGAACGUUCUUCUGCAGGUAAAUCUGAAUCUUCUUUCACCUUCCUUGCAGCGCGUCAAGCAGGUAAAGACUUAUGUCCUCCGCUGCCACGCCUGCUUCCAAAUCUGUAAAGAUAUGUCGAAGCAAUUCUGUCCCAGGUGCGGCAAGCCGACACUAACCCGCGUAUCGUGCACCACAAACCAACAAACGGGCGAGUUCAAGCUGCAUCUUAAGAAGAACAUGCAGUGGAACACACGGGGCGAGAAAUACAGUAUCCCGAAACCCGUUGCCGGCUCUGCUAACGGCAAGAUCACGUCUGGUGGCGGCAAAGGCGGCUGGGGACAGUCCCUCCUCUUGGCCGAGGAUCAGAAAGAGUACAUUACAGCAAAGACGACGCAAGAAAGACAAGCUCGCCGGGAGAGAAACUUGAUGGAUGACGACUUUCUGCCCGGUAUUCUGACGGGGGAGAGGGCUUCCAGCGGUGGAAGGAUCCGGGUUGGAGCUGGCAGAAAUGUCAAUUCAAGAAAGAGGUAA